AUGGGAAACGCGCCCAGUUCACCAGCUCAUACAUGCCUACUCAGCGCUGUCGGGAACGAUUCGUCUCUCCUGGCCUUCCCGAGUCAACCGCUUUACGAGUCGCUCGCUGCUAACCCCUACAAUCUGAACUGGCCCGUCUACCCAGCUGUUGUCGCAACCCCGAAAACGUCAGAGCAGGUUGCAGAUAUUGUGCAAUGCGCCGUCGAAUAUGACCACAAGGUUCAGGCAAAGAGUGGAGGUCGGAGCUAUGCGAACUUCGGUCUCGGCGGAGUGAACGGUGAAGUAGCCAUCGAUAUGAAGCAUUUUCGACAGUUCUCGCUCGAUGACUCAACUUACCUGGCCACCGUCGGACCGGGUCUGCGACUCAGCGACAUGACGCGGAAGCUCAGUGCCGGCGGAAGAGCCAUGCCAUAUGGCGCAGUCCCCGAGAUAGGUGUGGGCGGGCAUUUCACGAUCGGUGGGCUCGGCACGUACUCGCGCCUAUGGGGUUCCGCACUGGACAAUGUCGAGGAGGUGGAGGUCGUGCUGGCAAACUCGAGCAUCGUCCGUGCCUCCAGGGAGUCCUACCCAGACGUGUUCUUUGCCAUUCGAGGCGCGGCCGCCAGCUUUGGCAUCGUGACCGAGUUCAAAGUGCGUACUUAUCCGUCGCUCCGCCAGACAGUCCAGUAUAAGUACGAGUUCAGCAUUGGCAGCUCCGCCGAGCGGGCAAACUUGUACAUGGCCUGGCAGGAGCUAUGCGCGCAGAAGAACCUAACGCGCAAGUUCGACACGCGCAUGGUCGUUACGCAAGGCUUGAUGAUCAUCCUGGGCCAGUUUCACGGGACGAAAGCGGAGUAUGAGGAACUGGGGUUCGAAAAGCGCCUUCCUGCUUCCAACGCCGGUUCUGUGAUCGUGGUCACCGACCCGCUGGCCAUGCUUGGACACGAUAUAGAAAAGCUAGCCACCGGCAUCGUCGGCGGGGUGCCGUUGCACUUUUACGAGAAGUCAUUGUCCUUCGAGACGGAUAAUCUUCCGUCGAAUGAGACGGUGCACGAACUCUUCCAUUAUCUGGACGAGGCCGAUAAAGGGACCCUAACGUGGUUUUCAGUAAUCAGCAUCGCGGGCGGCGCAACCAACGAUGUCCCUGUCCAUGCCUCCGCGUACGCCCAGCGCAAUGUCCUGUUUUAUGUGGAAUCAUUCGGAAUUAACCUCCUGGGCCGCGUGUCGCAGACAACGGUUGACUUCCUAGACGGAAUAAAUGAGCUUGUCACGGAGGCGCUUCCGGGAGCGGACAGAAACGUCUACCCUGGAUUCGUCGAUCCAUUCCUGCCUAAUGCUCAAGAGGCGUACUGGGGCCCUAACCUGCGACGGCUGGAGGAAAUCAAGGCUGCUGUUGAUCCCAACGACGUGUUCCAUAACCCGCAGAGUGUGCGUCCAGCAGGGAAGGAAACAUAG